AUGGAAGCUGUUACACUCGAAGCCUCAACAAAAUACUCCAAAUCAUUGGUUGUUCAGGUUCUUGGUGAAUUGGGUAAUCCUGUUCCGAAUGUAACUGUGUAUUUUUACGCAACCCCAAAAUCAAAUUAUAAGAUGAAACCAUACUUUUCCCCAUCAAUUGCAAAAUCGGGAAUCGAUGGAAGAGUAUUUACUUCCCUCACAGCUGGUAACACACCAGGUGUUGGCUCAAUUUCAGCAUCUCUUAAUAGCAAACUUAAAUAUACAAAUGAUACAACAGCAGUUUCAUUUUCAUAUACUGUUACAGCACCUGUUUACGGUGAAGCUUGGGGACAAAUUUCAUUUGUGAUUGUCUCUUGUUUGCUUUCAAUGGUAGGAGCUUUCUUUAUUGCUGUUUAUGUGAUGAGAAAAAAUAGAGGUACUAGUGCAAUGAUUGCUGUAGCUGAUCCUAUUAAGGAAGGAGCCAGUGGAUUCUUAAAAACUCAAUAUUUGGCAAUAGGUGGUAUUACUAUCCCAGUUGCUUUCUUAUUAUUUGGUCUUUAUUUAUUAAGGUCAAAAAGUUCUACAGACCCUGAUAUUCAUAUUGCAGCCAUUGCUGCUAUAGUUACUAUUAGUUUCUUGAUUGGAGUUUUAUUUUCUGGAUUAUCUGGAUUUGUUGGAAUGUUUGUAUCAGUUAAUGCAAACUCGAGAGUAACCAAUGCUGCUACAAGAAGCUACAGAGAAGCUUUAAAUAUUGCAAUGAGAUCUGGAGCUUUUGUUGGAUUUUUAGUAGUUUCUUUAUCUGUAUUGGGAGUUAUUGUACUUUUCUCUAUUUUAUAUCUUGCCAUUCCAAAGGAAAUGAUUACUCCUACUCAAAUUGUUGGAAUGAUUGUCGGAUUUUCUUUUGGUUGCAGCUUAUCAGCAUUAUUUGCUCAACUUGGAGGAGGUAUCUUUACCAAGGCUGCAGAUGUUGGUGCUGAUCUUGUCGGAAAGGUUGAACAAAAUAUUCCAGAAGAUGACAUUAGAAAUCCUGCUGUUAUUGCUGAUCUUGUUGGAGAUAACGUUGGUGAUUGUGCAGGAAGAGGUUCUGAUUUAUUCGAAAGUAUUUCUGCUGAAAAUAUAGGUGUAAUGAUUUUAGCAGGUACCCUUACUUCCAAUGCAUUCCCUCAAAUUUCAACCCCACUUUCAUAUAUUAUUUUCCCACUUGUUGUUCACGUUUGUGGUAUGAUUGGAACUUGGGUAGGAAUGUUCUUUGUUCGUGUUAGAGAUGUCACAGAGAUGGGAAGUGCUGGAGACGAUAGCUAUUCUCUCAUUCGUAAUACUGAGUUGUCAGAAACAACCUUAAUGGAAAAUGAAGAAAAUGAAGAAUCAUCUAUCAGACAAGAGUUCCUUGAUGAUCCAAUGAAGGCCCUCAACCGUGGUUUUUAUGUCAGCGUUCUGGUCACAACUUGCCUCUUUGUAGUUUGUUCAUAUUGGUUAUUGAGAUCUGAUGUUUAUCCAAAUGCUUGGUGGAAGUUUAUGCUUUGUGGAUUGAUUGGUGUUCUUACCUCUUUUGCAUUUGUCUUUAUCACCAUUUAUUAUACUGACUUUAAUUGGAGACCUGUGAAGGAAAUUAUUGAAUCGUCUAAGAGUGGACCUGCUACUAACAUUAUUUCAGGUAUUGCUGUAGGUUUAGAAUCAACUGGUGCCCCUGUUUUUGUUAUUUGUGUUGCUAUUCUUUCAUCUUACUACCUCGGCAAAAGUAGUGGAAUUACUGAUGAAAAUGGAUUACCAAUUGGUGGAUUAUUUGGUACAGCUGUCGCUACCAUUGGUAUGCUUAGUUCUUCUAGUUAUAUUUUAGCUAUGGAUACUCUUGGACCAAUUGUUGAUAAUGCAGGUGGUAUUGCUGAAAUGUCCCAAUUACCAGCUAAUGUAAGAAUGAUUACUGACAGAUUAGAUGCUGUCGGUAACACUACUAAGGCUCUUACAAAGGGUUAUGCUAUUGGAUCUGCUGCCCUUGCUGCUUUCCUUUUAUUCUCUGCUUUCCUUGAUACUGUUGAAGCAUACAUUGGAACUAGCUUUAAGGUUGUUAAUCUUGCAGUUCCAGAAGUCUUUGUUGGAGGUCUCAUUGGUGCUUGCUUAGUCUUUGUUUUCAGCUCUUUGACAAUGAGAGCUGUUGGUACAACAGCCCAAACUGUUAUUGAAGAAGUUAGAAAACAAUUCCAAGAAAUGCCAGGUAUUCUCGAAUUCAGAGAAAAGCCAAACUAUGAAAGAUGUGUUGCCAUUGUUACUCGUGCAUCUCUCAUACAAAUGAUCUUCCCAGGUCUUUUGUCUGUUUUAGUUCCAGUCUUGGUUGGGUUUAUAUUUAAGGGUGUUGGUGCUGCUGUGGGGCAACCAAAUCUAGGAGCAGAAGUUAGUGCUGGUUUCUUGAUGGUUGCUACUAUUACUUGUAUCUUAAUGGCUCUCUUCUUCAAUAAUGCUGGUGGAGCUUGGGAUAAUGCUAAGAAGUUGACUGAAAUGGACAAGGUUCUCGGAGGUAAAGGAUCUGCCAUUCACAAAGCAGCUGUUAUUGGUGAUACUAUUGGAGAUCCUUUCAAAGACACAACUGGUCCAAGUAUUCACGUUCUUUGUAAAUUAUUAGCCACCAUCACUCUUGUUGUUGGUCCUCUCUAUCUCAAUUACACUGGUACAAAUUUAUUCAACACAACAACCACUGCCUAA